AGAUGACAUUUCGCUUCUCAACUCGAAAAAGAAAACACACCUCUGUCAGCUUGGCAGAAUUUUUCUCAGCACCGUCGUGAGUUUUUUGGAUGCCGUGAAAGAGUUUUAUUUGCGAUUAUUUUGCUGCAAUUUUCCACGAAAAUAGUUAGUUCGGCCACUGAUCCAGAAUGUCCGGAUUGUUCCGUAUUGGCAUUAGGUUUCUGAACCGAUCGAAUUCGGCGUCCGGAUCGCUGCUGGACGCGAGGGUUACCUCGGCGCUGGUGGUUCCUGCCUGCAACAUUUCCGGCAAAACAUUGCGCGGUUCGAAGCUGAGCAAACCGAAACCAUUCCCGUAUCAGGAAAAAAGGUACACCGCCUUCCAAGCGUGCAAGGAUGUGCUUUUUAAGAACACCACCAGCCGGUUCGACGAGAAUACGAAGGUCGUCGUCGUGGAUGGGCCGAUAGCUGCCGGCAAGUCCGCCUUCGCCAAAGAACUGGCGACCGAGUUGGAGAUGAAGUACUUCCCGGAGGUGACAAUGGAUAACUAUUACAUCAACUCGUAUGGGUACGAUUUGCGCAAGUUGGACCCGCAGAUGCCGCCGAACAUGCAGAGCUUUGACGUGAGCAAGUUCCUGCAGAAUCCAAACCACAGGAACGUGGCCAGCUUCCAGAUCCGAAUGCUGAUGCAACGUUACUCGCAGUAUAUCGAUGCCCUGGCUCACCUCUUUUCGACCGGUGAAGGAGUCGUGCUUGACCGGAGCGUCUAUUCUGACUUCGUGUUCGUCGAGGCCAUGUUCAAGAACGGCUAUAUUUCCAAGGGAGCUCGCUCGGUUUACUACGACCUGGUCAAGAAUACUUUCUCGGAGCUGAUGAAGCCCCAUUUGGUCAUCUACUUGGACGUUCCGGUCAGCGUUGUGAAGGAUCGCAUCAAGAAACGCGGUAACCCUGAUGAGGCCAACUCCAAGGCCCUCACCGAUAACUACCUGCAGGACAUUGAGAACAUCUACAAGCAGCAGUAUCUAAAGGACAUCAGCACCCACGCCGAACUGCUGGUUUACGAUUGGUCCAACCACGGAGAAACCGAAGUCGUCGUCGAGGACAUCGAGCGGAUCGAUUUUGAUCGCUUCGACAAAGACGACACGCAUAUGCGUGACUGGCGUAUGGAGAACGAGGAAGAGUGGACCGAAGCCCGGUGCCGUUACAUGGAGAAGUCGGAUCUGAUGAACUACUUCAACGUGCCACGGUACGACGUCCCGGAGCUGAUCGUCUCGCCCGAAGACUUCAAGGCGUGGUACGAUUUGUGGUUCGAAGCCCCCGGAAUGAAGUACCGCAAGGGUUACAAUGAGGAAUGCGGCGACGAUGGCAUUAUGACCAAAAGCAAGAUGUACACGCAGUAGGAAGGAGAGAAUUUGUUAGAAUUCCUAAUUCGUUCGGGAUAAAAAUGUUUAAAUGAUCAAUAAAUUGGGAUCUUAUGCCGCGUA